UAUUUGUGAAUCCCAUCCUGUUGAGCUGGCAAAGCGCUAGCCAGUGACAACAAGGGAAGCUCUUAUUGAUUAGCAUACCAAGGUUAGCUGCUACAACGCUCUUGGGUGAUUUAACGUCGCUUUAACGUAACCUACGUGACUGUCCCGCGGAGGCUAAUUCUGUUUUGAUAAGUGAAUGGUUGUGUCUAGAAAGGGUAUGUCCCUUCAGGAGAGAGGUGCCAAUGUCCAACCGGCCUAAUUCCAAUCCAGGGGGGUCACUGCGCCGUUCACAGAGGAACACUGCUGCGGCCCAGCCACAAGACCACACAGUAGCUGGAAGAUUGCAGUCAGAGCAGGUAAAACAUAAACCAAAUUCCCCACCUGAAAGUAGAAGACCUAAUUCUAAGGCUCCCAAAGCCUCUGCCAGCUCAGCCACUGGCCAGUCCAGAGGGCACAGCUCAAGAAGAAGCGGUCUUACCCUAUCCGUGGCUUCGUUUGUGUUACAAGACGACCCAGAGGCUGCAGGAACAUCUGAACAGGAACGACCAGGCCACCAGUCAAAGAGUGAGGGCACCCGAGGGCUUAAACGGAGUGAAGCUCUUGACCAAAUUAGUGUCCUUGGACCCACCCCUGCCAAGAAGCCCAAAUUGGUUCCAACAUCCAAAAACAAUACCUCAGAGACCAAGAAAGGUCCAGCUAAGUCAAAGAAGAGACAGGCUGCUUCAGAGGCUCCUGCAUCGACAGGUCGAAGUCAGAGCAAGAAGAGUGCUGCCUCUCCAGUUCCAAAACGGAAAAAAUCUGACUCUUUCCCAGGUCUAAGUAGCACCACUGGGUCUCUACCCAAUUGUACCGAAGGCAGAACUGCAAAACCAACCAAGCUGGCGUCUAAAUCGGCCGCCUCAGCCAAAGCUGGGUGUAGCAACGUGACAGACUCGUCCUCUUCUGCCUCCUCUUCCUCCUCUUCUUCUACCACAGGCACCAACAGUGCUGCUACGCAAGGCGCUCGUUUGAAGCAGGGAAAAGAUCAGACAAAGGCUCGUCGUUCCAGAUCAGCAUCCAGUCCCUCCCCACGCCGCAGUACACGAGACAAGGAGCAGGCCAAAACUGCCAGCUCUUCAAAAUUUGAGUGGGCAACACGCUUUAAUCCCAAAGUUAACUUGCCAAAACCCAAACUUUCCUUACCUGGAACUUCCAAAACUGAGACCUCCAAACCUGGGCCAUCUGGAUUACAAGCGAAACUAGCAAGUUUAAGGAAAUCCACAAAGAAGCGUAGCGAGUCUCCUCCAGCAGAGCUCCCCAGUUUUCGGCGGAGCACACGCCAGAAGACCACGGGCUCCUGCGCCAGCACCAGUCGGCGGGGCUCAGGCCUGGGCAAGCGCGGGGCAGCCGACGCUCGCCGACAAGAGAAAAUGGCCGAUUCCGACAACAACCAAGAUGGGGCCAAUUCAUCAGCUGCUCGCACUGAUGAGGCAUCCCAAGGAGCUUCAGCUUCAAGCUCAGUUGCCGGAGCAGUGGGCAUGACCACUUCUGGUGAGAGCGAGUCUGAUGAUUCAGAAAUGGGAAGGCUUCAAGCUCUGCUGGAAGCCAGAGGACUCCCACCACAUCUUUUUGGCCCCCUGGGACCCCGCAUGUCGCAGCUGUUUCACAGGACCAUAGGCAGUGGAGCCAGUUCCAAGGCCCAGCAGCUACUGCAAGGCCUUCAGGCCACAGGGGAUGAAUCUCAACAGCUCCAAGCUGCCAUUGAGAUGUGCCAGCUGUUGGUGAUGGGCAAUGAAGAAACACUUGGUGGAUUUCCUGUCAAAAGUGUGGUGCCUGCUCUGAUUACACUGUUACAGAUGGAGCAUAAUUUUGAAAUUAUGAACCAUGCAUCACGUGCGCUCACUUACAUGAUGGAGGCGCUUCCACGGUCAUCUGCUGUGGUGGUCGAUGCUAUUCCCGUCUUCCUGGAGAAGCUUCAGGUGAUCCAGUUCAUAGACGUGGCGGAGCAGGCCCUCACCGCCUUGGAAAUGUUGUCAAGGCGACACAGCAAAGCAAUCUUGCAGGCUGGCGGGCUCGCUGCCUGCCUCCUCUACCUGGAGUUCUUCAGCAUCAAUGCCCAGAGGAAUGCCUUGGCCAUAGCAGCAAACUGCUGCCAGAGCAUUACCCCAGACGAGUUCCACUUUGUUGAUGAUUCUCUCUCACUUUUGACUCAGAGACUCACACAUCAGGAUAAGAAGUCAGUUGAAAGCACUUGUCUCUGUUUUGCCAGACUGGUAGACAACUUCCAGCAUGAAGAGAACCUGCUGCAGCAGGUGGCAUCGCGGGACCUGUUGACCAACAUUCAGCAGUUGCUGGUUGUGACCCCUCCUGUUCUCAGCUCGGGGAUGUUCAUUAUGGUUGUGCGCAUGCUUUCGCUGAUGUGCUCCAACUGCCCGACUCUGGCAGUCCAGCUUAUGAAGCAGAACAUAGCAGAAACUCUGCGUUUCCUCUUGUGUGGCGCAUCCAAUGGAAGCUGCCAGGAACAAAUUGAGCUUGUACCUCGAAGCCCUCAGGAACUUUAUGAACUGACCUCCCUCAUUUGUGAGCUGAUGCCCUGCCUCCCCAGAGAGGGCAUCUUUGCAGUUGAUGCCAUGCUAAAGAAAGGCAGUGCCCAAACAACAGAGGGCGCAAUCUGGCAGUGGAGGGAUGACCGGGGCUUGUGGCAUCCUUACAACCGCAUCGACAGCCGCAUUAUUGAGACGGCCCACCAGAACGGAGAAGACGAAAUAAGUCUGUCCACGCUGGGCCGCGUGUACACAAUUGACUUCAACUCUAUGCAGCAGAUCAAUGAAGACACAGGUACAGCGCGUGGUAUCCAGAGGAAGCCUAACCCUCUUGCCAAUCCCAACACGGGGAGUCACCAAGAGGUCCGUCGAGAAGACGCCAGAGCCCAGCUGAUGAAGGAGGACCCUGAGCUUGCUAAGUGCUUUAUAAAAACACUGUUUGGGGUCUUGUAUGAGGUGUACAGCUCAUCAGCUGGCCCUGCUGUCAGACACAAGUGCCUUAGAGCCAUCCUCAGGAUCAUCUACUUUGCUGACGCUGAGCUGCUGAAGGAUGUGCUGAGGAACCAUGCUGUGUCCAGUCAUAUUGCCUCCAUGCUGUCAAGCCAGGACCUGAAGAUCGUGGUUGGUUCUCUGCAGAUGGCAGAGAUCCUCAUGCAGAAGCUGCCUGAUGUCUUCAGUGUCUAUUUUAGAAGAGAAGGUGUAAUGCACCAAGUAAAGAACCUCGCUGAGUCUGAGAGCUUUCUUGUCACCAGUCCCCCAAAGGCCUGCUCUAGUGGCACCGCCAGCCACUGCACCACAACAAUCACUAGUGUAUCCACAACAUCAGCUAACAUUGCAGCCCCUGACCUGGGCUCCCCCAGCUUUCAGCACAGCAUGGAAGACUCCCUGGACCUCAGUCCACAGGGGCGGUUAAGUGAUGUCCUAAAGAGAAAACGACUUCCAAAAAGAGGACCCCGAAGGCCCAAGUACUCUCCACCAAGAGAUGACGAUAAAGCAGACAAUCAGGUCUUCUUUGCAGCCAAGAGCCCCACCAGUACUCAGUCACCCAAGUCAUCCUUCUUGGCUAGCCUCAACCCUAAGACCUGGGGGAAGCUGGGUGCUCAAACUAAUAACGCCAACUCUGAGCCAUCACGCACAGCAGGAGUUAGCGGACUAGCAAGAGCGCCUCCCAAAGACUCGAUUUCAAAUAACAGAGACAAAAUCAAAGCCUGGAUUAAAGAGCAGGCAAGUAAAUUUGUGGAGCGCUACUUCAACUCUGAGAAUGUGGACGGCAGCAACCCCGCUCUGAAUGUUCUCCAGAGACUUUGCACGGCCACCGAGCAGCUGAACCUGCAGGCGGAUGGUGGCCUGGAGUGCCUGGUGGAGAUCUCCAACAUUGUAUCAGAGUCUGAUGUGUCGUCUUUUGAGAUCCAGCACAGCGGCUUGGUGAAGCAGCUGUUACUCUAUCUUACCUCCAACACAGACAGAGACCUGCUCAGUCGGGACGUGCGACUCAGGAGGUUCCUCAACGUCUUUGCUGGUUGUCCGGUUCCUGGCAUAGAUCCUUUAGGUCGUCUGGAUCCCACAAACAGCUCGGCGUACCUGGCUCUUGUGCAUAAGAUGAACAGCUGUCUGAGCCAGAUGGAGCAGUUCCCCGUCAAGGUGCACGACUUUCCCAGUGGCAACGGCAAUGGCAGCAGAGGGUCUCAGGCGCUGAAGUUCUUCAACACACAUCAGCUGAAGUGUCAGCUGCAAAGACACCCAGACUGCACCAAUGUUAAACAGUGGAAAGGGGGCCCUGUGAAGAUUGACCCUCUGGCUCUGGUGCAAGCAAUCGAGAGAUAUCUAGUGGUUAGAGGUUACGGCCGAAUCAGGGAAGAAGAUGAGGACAGUGAUGAUGACGGUUCGGAUGAUGAAAUAGAUGAAUCACUGGCGGCCCAGUUCCUAAAUUCUGGCAGCGUGCGUCACAGACUACAGUUCUACAUCGGUGACCACCUGCUACCAUACAACAUGACGGUGUACCAGGCUGUACGGCAAUACAGUCUUCAUUCGGAGGAAGAAAGGGAGUCCACGGAUGAUGAAGCCAAUCCACUUGGCAGGGCUGGAAUCUGGACCAAAACGCACACAAUAUGGUAUAAGCCUGUGAGAGAAGACGAAGAAGGAAGUAAGGAUGCAGUAGGUGGAAAGAGAGGCCGCGCCCAGACCGCUCCCACUAAAACCUCACCACGCAACGCCAAGAAACAGGAUGAGCUGUGGCAUGGUGAGAAUCAAGACGGAGUCUGCCCCAGUGUCGCCAAUCCUUUGGAAACAUACCUCACUACAGAGCCACCGGAGACCAUAACCUUCGAUGACCCCUCUUUAGAUGUCACCCUGCUGCUGAGGAUCCUACACUCCAUCAGUAGAUUCUGGUUCUACUUAUAUGAUAAUGCUGCAUGUAAGGAAAUUAUUUCGAACUCGGAGUUCAUUAAUAGUAAACUGACUGCCAAAGCCAAUCGUCAGCUACAAGACCCCCUGGUCAUCAUGACUGGGAACAUCCCCACCUGGCUUAUCGAGCUGGGAAAGACCUGCCCCUUCUUCUUCCCCUUCGACACUCGGCAGAUGUUAUUUUAUGUCACUGCCUUUGAUCGAGACAGAGCAAUGCAACGCCUGCUGGACACAAACCCCGAGAUCAAUCAGUCAGAUUCUCAGGACAGCAGAGUCGCUCCACGUCUCGAUAGGAAAAAGAGAACGAUAAACCGAGAGGAUCUAUUAAAACAGGCAGAGUCUGUGAUGCAGGAUCUUGGCAGCUCCAGGGCAAUGCUAGAGAUCCAGUAUGAGAACGAGGUGGGCACAGGUCUCGGCCCGACCCAGGAGUUCUACGCUCUGGUUUCUCAGGAGCUUCAGAGAGCAGAUCUUGGUCUUUGGAGAGGCGAAGAGAUUACUCUGGCCAAUCCUAAAGGAAACCAAGAGGGCACCAAGUACAUGUUCAACUCCAGAGGACUGUUUGCUGUUCCCUUUGGCAGGACGACAAAACCAGCACACAUAGCCAAAAUUAAAAUGAAGUUCCGCUUCCUAGGAAAGUUGAUGGCUAAAGCCAUCAUGGACUUUAGAUUGCUGGAUCUGCCGUUGGGGCUUCCGUUUUAUAAGUGGAUGCUGCGACAUGAGACGUCUAUAAGCUCUCACGACUUGAUGAACAUUGAUCCAGGCGUGGCCAAGUCCAUCCAGCACCUGGAGGAUAUCAUUCGCCAGAAGAAGAGGUUGGAACAGGACAGAUCACAGACCAGAGAAGCCCUCCAGCAGGCCCUAGAGAGCCUGAACAUGAACGGCUGCUCAGUGGAGGACCUGGGCUUGGACUUCACUCUGCCAGGGUUCCCAAACAUUGAGCUGAAAAAGGGCGGAAAAGACGUGCCAGUUACAAUCUACAACCUUGAGGAGUACCUCAGGUUGGUGGUUUACUGGACCUUAAAUGAAGGAGUAUCAAGGCAAUUUGAGUCAUUCAGGGAAGGGUUUGAGUCAGUCUUCCCUUUGCAUCACCUUCAGUAUUUCUAUCCAGAAGAGCUCGACCAGUUGCUUUGUGGCAGUAAAUCAGAGACAUGGGAUGUCAAGACGCUGAUGGAGUGCUGCCGGCCAGACCACGGCUACACACACGACAGCCGGGCCAUCCGCUUCCUGUUCGAGGUGUUGAGCAGCUUUGAUGCUGAACAGCAGAGACUCUUCCUCCAGUUUGUAACAGGAAGCCCAAGGCUGCCAGUCGGAGGUUUCCGGAGCCUGAACCCCCCUCUGACAAUUGUGAGGAAGACGUUUGAGUCGACGGAGAACCCGGACGACUUCCUCCCCUCAGUCAUGACCUGCGUCAACUACCUGAAGCUGCCUGACUACUCCAGCAUAGAGAUCAUGCGAGAAAAACUGUUGAUCGCUGCCCGCGAGGGCCAGCAGUCGUUCCACCUCUCCUGAUCUCGCCACAUCUCAAAUACAAAUGCCUUCUUCAGCAACUGAUUAAAUCAUUACUUCCUUAGUUUUGUUUUGUACUCUCACACAUCGAGGCUAUGGGGAUAGCCUUCUUGUUAGAGAAAGCAGCUUGCAGAAAAGUUAAGACUUUAAAUAUAUAUUUGCUGCCCUCGUCUCUCCCAAAAAAAAAAAAAAAAAAAAAAAAAAAAUGGAAGCGUGUUUCCAUGACACAGAACAUAAGAUAUAAAAGAGAAUACAACUUAUAUCAGUAGUGUUAAAAAGAAGAAAACAUCUGGGUGACAUUUUAAAUUGCAUUGCUAUGUGAUAUUUAAAAGAAGAAAAAAAGAAAAAAGGGAUUUCUCUUCUCCAGAGUGGUGGACGGCUUCCUGGGGAGGAAGGGCAGUGCGACUUCAUUGAGCAGGCUAGGUUUACUUUAGCUCCAAAGAUCAUUUGUACAGACAAAUUUGCAAACUUUGCUCAUUCUACACAUUUGAUAGAAUAGUUCUUUGUUUUCAUGUCCUCCCCACUCAGUUCAAACGUUGGCAUUUUGUUCUGUAUUAUAUCUGCCCCCAGUCCGUGUGCAUUUUUUUGGUUCGGCUUCCUCUCCCCUGUGUGUCUUUGCUUCCAGAUGUGAGAGAUGCUGUCAGUUGAAUGCAGGUAGUGAUAAGAUCAUAUUACUUUUUUUUUUUUUUUUCUUUUCUUUUCCUCCCCCAAAACACCAUCAACCUGAGUUGGGACUGUGUUCUGGCCUCCUUUAUUAUAGAAAGCUUCAACUUAAAGGAAGAGUUGUAACCUAUGUGUUGACCAGGUGAAUUUGUUUUGCUCUUAUUUUGAUAGAGUUAGUGACUGUUCUGUUCGGCCCUUCUGGAUGUUUAGGCUGACGUUGGUAGACCAAGCUCUGAGCAACCUUCAACACAUAAAAUGUAGCUGGGCACAAAAAGACAAAAAAAAAAAGAAUUGGCUGGUCUCAUUUUAUCGUUUCUUGGCCAGAUAGCAUUUCAAGUUCAUUUAUUGAAUAAAGUAUAUAUGCAGUUUCAUACCAUGUUUGAGGUGGGAAUGUCUGCUUUACCAUUUUUAUUUUUUUUAUUUUCUAUGAUGUCUUUUUUUUUUUUUUUUCCCUCUCGCUGUAGUUGAUUUUUUUCUUUUCUUUGCACUGCUGGCUUGGAACAAACCGUGGUGUGCACUUGCAGUCUGUGGCCAGGGGAGGGCGCCACUGUAUGCUCUCCUGGCCCAAUCGUUCAUGUGCUGGUUUCUAAGAUCUGCAAUAAUUUACUUGCAUCAGGUUCAUGUUUUUACCUGAACAUAAAUAAAGUAACUGUUUGACUCAU